GGGAGGGGGCUGGGGCAGCAUGCUGGGGCAAGGGCCGAUUCCCGCUGUGCCCAGCCUCCAGGGGUUAUGAAACUCGCCGCCUGGCCCGCCCACAGGCAGCUGGCAGGCUCCGACACACGGAGGUUUGUGCUUCCCUAGGGGAGCCCGCUGGGGAAGGACAGGGCGGCGCAUUUGGGUGGAAGCUGCUGAGGCAGGUGAGGAAGAGAGACGGUGCUGGCCCGGCCCGGCCCCCGGGAUGGUGGGGGAAGAGAAGAGAUGCUGGGCUAACCCCAGCCCUCCCACCGCGGCUGGGAUGCUGAAGCCCAACAAACAAGCUCUCGCCUCCGGGCUGGAGCUGCCCAAGUGGACAGCGGUACCAAGCCAGGCUUCAGAUUAUGAAGUCCGGCAGUAUGAACCAGCUAAAUGGGUUGCCACUUCUGUUAAAUCAAUGGACUAUGAUUCAGCUGUCAGCACUGGCUUCAUGAAGCUCUUUAACUAUAUUCAGGGCAAGAAUGAGAAAGGGAUGAAGAUAGAGAUGACAGCUCCAGUAACAUGCCAUGUGGAACCUGGUGCAGGCCCAUUCUGCGAGUCCACUAUUACAGUCUCUUUUUAUAUACCAUCUGAUCAUCAAGCUGAUCCACCUAAGCCAUCAGAGUCAGAUAUUUUAAUUGAAAACAGACCAGAAAUGAUUGUGUUUGUCAGGUCCUUUGGAGGAUAUUCCAGUGCCACAAAGAACCAAGAAGAACUACUGACACUAGCAGAAAGUUUGAAGCGGGAUGGGAAAGUGUUUGAUGAAAAGGUCUAUUAUACUGCUGGCUAUGACAGCCCUUUUAAAUUGCUUAAUAGACACAAUGAGGUGUGGCUUAUCAAGAGAAAUGGAAACCCCAGCAAUCAAGAAUAGGAAACAAAAUGCUUUCUUGAGAGUCAGAAUUUGUUUAUUCAGACACUUUUUUUGCCUGGGAAUUGUAAAGCUCAGGAAACUCAGAAAUUUAAAUUGAAAAAAAAAAAAAAAAACUUAUCGCAAACAAGAA